AUGAGAUGGCCUCCGUGUCUUUCCAAGCGCGCCAUCAUAUUCCGAACUAGCCCAAUCCAGCCAUUCUGUGCCAGAAGAGACCAACCGGACCCCAGAAGAUGGCACAGCACCGGAUCUGACUUCCAGACUAUCGAAACUCCCUGUGGUGCGUCCGGCUCCGUCUCCAUCUCCCUCUACAACGUUGUCAACCAAAAGACAUCAACGCCUCUCCUCAUCUACCUACCUCCCUUCCCAACCCCACAACCUUCUCUCAACUUCCUCCCCCGUCUCCUUCACCCCUACCCCACCGCCGUCAUCCACUACCGCUGGGCGUCAUCGUCACACCCUCCUCCCCCAGACGGUGAUGACUCCUCCCCUUUCACCUACCCCCUCCACUGGCCCAACCCCGUCCAUGACGUAGCGUUCGGCUACGAAUGGAUAAUCAAAAACCUCUCCCCCCCAGGUCUCUCCCGCCGUGACAUCCUCGUCCUCUCCUCCCACCUCGGCGCCUCCCUCGCCACCUCCCUAGCCCUCACCGAAUGCCAUCCCCACCGGCCCUUCGCCGUCCGGGGUCUCGCGGCUUACAAUGGCAUCUACAACUGGACCAUGUUCCUCCCGGACCAUCGGGCGAAUCGCACAAAACCGCGGUCCCGCGCCGCCGCCAGAGAGAAAGCCGAGUCCUUUGGCGCUGUUUCCGAUCAGGGAUGUUCGGUCCUCGCCGAUCUAGCGGGGAAGAUGCCCGGUCUGUUCGCCCGUCCGGAUCGGCUGUUUGACGUAUUCGCCAGCCCGGCCCUCAUGUUCCAGACAUCGGGCAUGGACGUGCCGAAGUCCUUUACGAGGAGUACGGAGCUGGCCUCCCAGAUCGACUGGCUCGCUUCGCUGCAGUCCUCACCCACAUGUCUCACUAGUCCUGAUAACAACCAUAGAGAGAAUUCUCCAGACGAGUUCAAACCCCCCAAGCCGCCGGCUCCCCCUCGCCGCGCAGCCCUCAUAUUCCCUCCUCGCACGUCAACGCUGAAAAUCCCUGACACCACACUACUAUACACACGACCCCCUGCGCCGCCGACGGGCGCGAAGCGCAAGUCACGGCGCACGAAACCCUGGGGGAACACGUUCGAGACGCAGGCCCUUGAGCUGGGCGGUCUCAUGCGUCGUAGUGUUGAGAAGCUGGAGGUCAAGGAGAGGAGGGUGUGGGAUGAGGACUUUGAGGAUUGGGAGGGCAUGGCGGAGAAGAGGGUUCGUCUGGUUGAUGUUGGGCAGGGGGAUGAUGCCGCGGGGGGUCUUGGGGAUGGAGGCUUGGUGGAGGAUUUUGUCUCGCAGUGGUUGAGGCAGAAGUAUGGCUACUGA